ACUAAGUCCACGCGGUGACUGUCAACGUUUGAUAUCAACGUUUCUUUUUCUUUUCUUUUUUUUCUCCUCCGCUGCUGUUGACGGCUUUUCUCGGACCGUCAAGCUCUUUGAUGAAGUUUCCCUCUCAAUGAAAAGCAGCCCGGUCGGUGUACACGCUGUCCCGGGACACACGCGCACAUCUGUAACAGCAGCGCGUCACCAUGCCCGUGCGACAGAAAGACGCUCAGCGAGCCCUGGAGCUUCUCCAGCAGUACCGGGCCAAACUUGACCAGAGACAGCAGAACCCGAGCCGGAGCACACAGGGCCACGUGGAGGAAGACUCCCAGCUGCAGCAGUCUCUGGACAGGGUCAUCAACGUCUUCCAAAGUCAGCUCUUUAGCGCUCUGCUUGACAUUCAGGAGUACUACGAGUUGACCAUCCUUGCAGACAGCACGUGUUCUGGGGACCAGACAGGUGAUCCAUGGGACCUCACUGAGUCUAGCGACCUGCUACCACAGCUCCCAGACCAGCCACAGCCCCCCACUGGUCCCCUGAGCCUAGAGGCUCCUGGAGGAUCAUCCCAGCCAAAACCCCUGACCCCCAAACCCAAGUCCAUCAAGUCCUAUGCUGCUCCACUCCCAUCCGAGAGACCCACGUCAAAGCCAUCUUCCCCUACAAAACAGUCCAUUACACCUCAGUCGCAGCCAAGCUCAGUCAAGUACCGUGCUCCUCCCGCUCCCGUCCAACCUGGAGCCUCGAAAUCAUUGGCGUCAGAGACUCCUGUGCCUUCUUCUCCCCCUAAUGCUACAUCCCCUGGAGUCACAGUGAAUGGUGUGGGAAGCCCCACCGGCUCCAUAAAAACACCUGUCAGAGCAUCACCGAAUGGAACAAAGCCACACCUUACUGCCACCAACUCCAAUGCUUCUUCAGAAAGCUCCGUCAGCUGCGCCAAUCCACAAAGUGACUCCGUCUCUCCUGACCUCAACCUGGUGACCGUCUCAGCCCUCGUCUCCACCACCAUCCAAGGCUUUGUGUUUCCAACCACUCCAGACAAUCAUACCUCCACCAGCAUCACUCCAAGCACCGGCCCAGCUCUCAACAGAGUCACAGACGCUGCUAUCGUCUUUACAGCUCCUGCAACCAGCACGGACCAUGGCAUGGGCAAAGUCACUCUGACCUCGACUCCAACCAGCCCCAACCAGGGGAAGUUCCCCUUCAGCAUCCCCUCAGGUCCUCCUCAUCUCAGGCCCGGGCCAGUAAAAGUCACCUCCUCCAGCCCUAGCCAUGGUCCAGCCAGCCCCAGGCCAGCUACCAGCCCGCUGGCCCCCACCAAGGUAGAAUCACCCGAGGCUCCCUUUGAUGACGAGGCGUGGCCUCACCCAGAGGGAGACAGGCUAAACGAAGUCCCAGCUCCACCUUUCUCCUCCCUCUAUUCACACAGCCGCUCCUACUACCAGGCCAACCCCCCUCCAGUGGUGGUCAACACCGACAGCAUCGACACGCCCCCAUACGUCAAUGGAACAGAAGCAGACUAUGAAUAUGAGGAAAUCACGCUGGAGCGGGGUAACUCAGGUCUGGGGUUCAGUAUCGCAGGAGGGACUGAUAACCCUCAUAUCGGAGAAGACCCCUCUAUCUUCAUAACCAAGAUUAUAACUGGAGGGGCCGCCGCACAGAAUGGACGACUCAGGGUGAAUGACUGUAUAGUGCGGGUAAAUGAUACCGACGUCAGGGACGUGACCCACAGCGGUGCUGUGGAGGCGCUGAAAGAGGCUGGAGGUCUGGUCCGACUGUGCAUACGACGCAGGAAGAGCCUCACGGAGAGAAUCAUGGAUAUCAAGCUGGUCAAAGGGCCCAAAGGUUUAGGAUUCAGUAUAGCAGGUGGACUUGGAAACCAACAUGUCCCGGGCGACAACGGUAUAUACGUGACUAAGAUCAUCGAGGGAGGGGCUGCACACAAAGAUGGACGGCUGCAGAUAGGGGACAAACUUAUGGCUGUGAACGCCUCCUGUUUGGAUGAGGUCACUCAUGAAGAUGCGGUGGCCGCCCUGAAGUCCACUCCUGACGUGGUUUACCUUCGCGUGGCCAAACACACCUCCCUUUUCAUCAACGACAACUUCCCUCCGCCCGACGUCACAAAUUCGUACUCCCCGCAUCAAGACAACCAUAUAAGCCCCUACAUGAGUGGCAGCCAGUCUGUAAGCCCCGCCCCCUUGACCACGCCCAGAUACUCACCUCUGCCCAGGGCCAUGACCGGAGACGACGAUGUCACCAGGGAACCCAGGCGGGUGGUCCUACAGAGGGGGUCCACGGGUCUUGGUUUUAACAUUGUUGGAGGGGAAGAUGGAGAGGGAAUAUUCAUCUCCUUCAUUCUCGCCGGAGGUCCAGCAGAUCUCUGUGGGGAGCUACGAAAGGGAGACCGCAUCCUGUCGGUGAACGGCGUGGACCUGUCCAGUGCGACACAUGAGCAGGCAGCCGCGGCUCUGAAGAAUGCAGGACAGGCCGUUACCAUAGUAGCGCAGUACAGACCGGAGGAGUAUAGUCGUUUCGAGGCGAAGAUCCAUGACCUGAGGGAACAGAUGAUGACCAGCAGUGUCAGCUCCAGCUCUACGUCGCUCCGCUCCACUCAGAAACGCACACUAUACGUCAGAGCGUUGUUCGACUACGACGGAAGCGCGUCCGAUCUGAGCACGGCCAAUCAGGCGCUGCCAUUCCACUUCGGGGAUGUCCUCCACGUGAGCAGUGCUGGCGAAGAGGAGUGGUGGCCCGCCCGUCACCUCAGCCCCCCGCCUCCAAACUGCCCUGAGGUCGGAGUCAUUCCCAGCCGCAGGAGGGCAGAGAAAAAGGAGAGGUCUCGGUUAAAGACAGUCAGAGUGACGAGGUCUCAAGACAGAUCGGAUCAGGAUGAUAAAGAGCUGGUAACCUCUGGCACCAGCGAUAGUGAGAGUAGUUCCUCUGGCCAGGAAGAGAUCCUUCUCACUUACCAACCUGUCAUGCAGCAUGAGGUUAAUUACACGCGGCCAGUCAUCGUGCUUGGACCAAUGAAAGAUCGGAUCAACGAUGACCUCAUCUCCGAGUUCCCUGACAAGUUUGGCUCAUGCGUCCCACACACGACGCGGCCGCGGCGAGACUACGAGGUGGACGGCAGAGAUUACCACUUCAUGUCCUCCAGGGAGCUCAUGGAGCAGGAGAUCCAGGAACACAAGUUCAUCGAGGCCGGCCAGUAUAACAGCCACCUGUAUGGAACCAGCAUCCAGUCGGUGAAAGAAGUCGCGGACAAGGGUAAACACUGUAUACUGGAUGUAUCAGGAAAUGCGAUAAAGCGUCUCCAGUUGGCAGGCCUCCAUCCCAUCGCUGUCUUCAUUAGACCACGCAAUGUCGACAACAUACUAGAGAUGAACAAGCGUUUCACUGAGGAGCAGGCGAGGAAGACCUUCGACCGAGCUAUCAAACUGGAGCAUGAGUUCACAGAGUUCUUCAGCGCUAUUGUCCACGGCUCGACUCUAGAGGAAGUGUAUUCGCAGGUGAAGCAGAUAAUUGAGGAGCAGUCUGGUCCUUACAUCUGGGUUCCCACCAAGGAGCGACUUUGAAUAAACACACACGUACUACAAAAUCAUAAACAUCACUCUUUCAACACUUCCUCUAAUUUUCUAUUAUCAGCCUGCUUCCUCUCUCCUCCCCACCCCCCUCUCUCUCUCUCUUUCUCGUAAAUACACAUUACUGCACACACACCGAUUUACACGAGCACAUGAAGUCAGAAGAGGCUGGGACUAUCUGGGACUGCUACUUCCUGAAGUGGGAGGGGCUAAUGUCUGUCCAGCAGCCUGUUGGUGGAUCUUCCUACAGCUCAGUUCCUUAAUGUUUAAGGAGGAGGUUCAAAUCAAGGCGACAUGUACCAUUAUCUGAUUUGAGUUCAUUAUUGUUCUUCUUAUUGUUGUUGUUGUCGUUGUUGUUUUCAUAUUAACGAAGGGUAAUGCAUUCAUGUAUGGGUUUGUAAUGAUAAUAUUGUCACCAAGAGGCAGACUUUUGCACGCUGUAGCUUUAAGAGCAUGUUUUUGGGACAAAAUGUUGAUCUUCUUCCUGGUCUGUCUGUCUUUCCUCAUGGCAUUGCUUCUGUUUAGUCCUUUUCUAUCUCUCUUUCAUGUCCCACCCUUGAGACAACAGACUUAAGGAAUGAGUUCAAAACUUUAUAACGUGCCCCAGCAAGGCCCAAAAUGAAAUAGUAGUUUAGGCCUUAUUUCUCAAAAUGUUGACUGAUGCUUAAAACAAUAUUAUUCUCUAAAAGUGUAUCUUAGGACACAUUUAUCAAGCGUCCUACUCUUAUUUCCAGCAAAGUGGAGGAGUAACGUUUUAGAGCAGCUUUUAAGUCAUCAGAUGAUUAAUUACACCAAUGAAUAAGAACAGCCAAUCAGUGUCAAGGAUUUACACCUACCCUGUUAAAUUGCACUCAGUUAUGUGUUAUUCUGCAAGAAUGUGUCCUUUUUUACUGUUUAAAGUAUAUUGUAUUUGCGUAAAAUGCUUAAUAUCUUUGGUAGAAACUAAUGUGAAAUUAAAAACGAUCUAAUAUAUUUAGAAUACAUCAAUAUGCAAAUAUGGAUACAUAAUGGGAUGAAAUGGAAACAAAAAGAGAACCAAACAGAUAAUGAGUGUAAUUUAGUGCCACAUUGACGAGUGCAGAUAAGCUGUAUGGAAAGUGAUCAUCAAUGACAGAUACGUUCUUGUUGUUUGCACCUUGAUAAACACAGACCAACUAAAACUACCUUAUUCUAAAUUAAACGUAUUGCUUCAGGUAAGGUAUCGCUCAUCUUAUCCAAUAAUAUAUUAUACAAUCCCUCUACAAACACAUUUAGGAAGGUAAAAGGGAAGGAUGUCAAGUCCAACAUUUUACUUUUAGCAAUUUGAUAAAUACGGGCCCAGAUCUUCUGUUUAAAAAAACAUGUAUCAACCAUGUCUUCUUCAAACAAGGGCUUCUCUGCCUCCCCUCCUCCUCCUCCUCCUCCUCCUCCUCGCUGUUUCAUACCUUCAUCUCUCUCCUUCCCCACAUUCACAGUGUGACAUUAGUCGAGCACUCCAGCAUCAAACAGUGUAUCAUCUUCUUCAUCAACACUAUCCUCAGCAUCAACAUCAUCGUUAUAGCUUUCCGUCAUACUGCAGUUGCCCUGAUGAGGGCUGGUUUCUUAAAGCAUCUUGACAGAGUUGAUCCCAUCCCAGUGUUUCAGGUAUUUGGAUGUGUGAUACUCUCACUUUUCUUUCAGCUGUCAGUGAUUAUUAUGGUGGUUUGAAAGAGCUAACGAGGUCAGGGAACUCUUUAUGCUCAUUGGUUGUGUAGUUAAAGACAUCAGGUAAAACUCUGGUAAACGCUACUAUCAUGACCCACUGAUCAACUGGUUUGGCUUAUUUUUCAACAGAUAUUUUUUUCAAGCUGGAGUUAUGAGUUUUGGCCUUCAGUUCCGGUGUGCAUGAAGAACGUCUGAAACUAGCUCCAUCUGUGACCUUAGUGCUCCAUACGUCUCUCUAUAAUACAGGCACAUGGUGGACAAUCAAAGCAUUAUAUUCUUACCUGUCAUCCUGCAAUGGGUUGUAUCAUCAAAGGUGUUUUCAUGAUCACAUGAUGCUUUUAUUAUGAAUCGCCGUUUCCCGCUUAACAGGCACUAAUGUAACUGUACAGUUCAAGCAGCCUGUGGAUGCUGGCCAUGUCACACGACCCUCUCUUUGCCAAUCUGCCGGCCACGGGCAGCGUUAUUCAUAUCUUGUGAUUGGUUUCGAGCUAUAGCGCUGAUUGACAUUUGGCAGGAUCAGCUGUGAAAAAAUGUUAUUUAAUGUACGUUUCAGCAAUAAAGGAAAGUAGGGAGUGUCACAGUCUGUAGAAAUAAACUAUUUUAAUGUGGCUUUAGCCUCGAGCAAACUUUUAUCUUUUCUGGGUAGACGUCUGUGUUCUGUGACAAAAACACCUUUGGAAAUGCAACCUUCUGCAACAGGUGAGACGAUUACGAUUUGUCUUUUCCCUUAAAGCGACUAUAAUCAAUAUUUUUUGUAUCAAAUGACAGUGAUAAUGUGAACAGAUAAUUAUCAGCUCCCUUCUGCUUUAUGGAACUUUAUCGUGAGUUUCAGUUUGUUGUGAAUCUGUCCGGUCCACAACGUCACUGUUUUGCUCUCAUAGUGUUCUUUUUGGAAGCUGCAAGCAGCCGUUUUCAGUGAAAAAGAUUUGAAAGAU